AUGGUUGGAUGCUCUGUUGAAAAACCAAAGAGGAACUCAAAGCCUCCAUCAGAGACAGUGGUCCUGCUGCUUCUCUGUGUUCUGCUGGCUGCUGCUCUCAUCGUUUACAGACUCUCUGUGAGGAUGGCCAAUCAAACUGUCCAAACCCUGAGAGAGGACAAUGAAGCUCUGAGGGAAAUCCUCUCAGGUAAAACAUGUCUGGAUCUGAAAGUAAACUGGGAGCCUCAUGGAGGAAAGUGUUAUUAUUUCAACACCUAUGGACUUAGCUGGAAUAACAGCAGAAGUUUCUGCAGAGAAGUUGGAGGAGAGCUGGUGAAGAUUGACAGCAGAGAGGAGCAGGAGUUUCUGAUGAGAAAAAUGAGAGACUUCAGUAAAUCAAUUGGUGACUCUUUCUUGAUUGGACUGACGGACUCAGAGACAGAAGGCAGAUGGUUUUGGGUGGACGGAUCACUUCUGAAUAAAAGUUUGAGUUUUUGGGGCACCGGCGAACCCAAUGAUGUGAAAGAUGACAGUUCUGAGGGAGAAGACUGCGUGGUUUUGAAAGUAGGAAAGAAAAUUGGUGAUCUGAACAUAUGGAAUGAUCAGCCCUGUCACAUGCCUUACAGACACAUCUGUGAGAAACCUCCAGGAUCUGCUCAGAGUYCAUGUGUGUGAAGUUCAGUUCAGUCUGUAAAACCAGCUCAGUCCAGGAUCCAGAAGCAGCAGCCAGGCUGCUUUCAGGAACUUCAUGUCACAAACAGUUAAAGCUUCCUCCUAGUUUGCAGCUUUCUACAGAUUUGUAGCCUUAAACUUUGUGUUUCUUGUCUUUUAUUCUAAGUUUAGUCAGCUUUGCUUAUUCAGCUGACUUCUGUUCAUGUUAGUUCAGAUUACUAGGGCCUGUUUGAUAAAAGUGGGAUUAGAUAAUCCAGGAUUAUUAGUCGGACAGAUUUGAAUUU